CCCGGCACCAGGUUAGUCCUUGCUCAGCUCCUUUGGACACAUCAUCGUAGAGAUUUAAUAUUUCCUUCAUAAAAGAUUUAACUAUGGCCCUAAAUAAUAUUCGAUUCAUUUUUAAUGUCACCAAAAUAACAUCCUUUGGAGCUCUCCAUCAGACAGGGAAAAGAUUUGCAAGUGCAGCUGCUGGUAGCUAUCAAAAUAUUUUGGCAGAUAAAGCAGGAGAGAAAAAAAAUGUUGGACUCAUUACUUUAAAUAGGCCGAAAGCCUUAAAUGCCCUGUGUGAUGCUUUGAUUUUAGAAUUAGCUGAUGCUGUACAAAGCAUGGAUAAAGAUGAAACACUUGGGGCAAUCGUUAUCACUGGGAGCGAAAAAGCAUUCGCGGCAGGUGCUGAUAUCAAAGAAAUGUUGAAUCAAACAUAUUCCGCCAAUAUACGAUCAGGCUUAUUGGAACGUUGGUCUGAUAUUGGAAAGUGCAAGAAGCCUAUUAUUGCUGCUGUUAAUGGUUAUGCUCUUGGUGGAGGUUGUGAGUUGGCGAUGAUGUGCGAUAUUAUUUAUGCUGGAGACAAAGCAAAAUUUGGCCAGCCAGAAAUAAUUAUCGGAACUAUUCCCGGUGCUGGUGGCACUCAAAGGAUUGCAAGAAGUUGCGGUAAAAGUAAAGCUAUGGAAAUGUGCCUCUCCGGCGAUCAAAUCACUGCCCAAGAUGCCGAAAAAAUGGGUUUGGUUAGCAAAGUCUUCCCUGCUGACCAACUAGUAGCUGAAGCUGUGAAAUUGGGCGAACGUAUUUCUAGGCAUUCUCCUUUAAUUGUACAACUCUGUAAGGAAUCUGUCAAUGUCGCAUUUGAAACAACUCUUCAGGAGGGGCUAAGGUUUGAAAGGAAGACUUUCUAUGCUACGUUUGCAACGGAGGAUAGAAAAGAGGGUAUGGCCGCCUUCACUGAAAAGAGGAAACCCAACUUUAAAAAUAACUAAUUCCUUACUUAUUUCCGAAAGGUGAAGGAAGUAUUGUAAUAAAAAUAAGAUGUUACAAAUUAUAUUGUAUUCGAGAUAUUUUUGUAUAAAGAUAUAAAGCUUAGCUAUGUAUAUUUUUGAAUGUUUAUAAUAAAUUCUAUUUUCUAUACAAAAUG